GGACGGAAGUACCGCAGUUGCACUUUACGUGUCGGUGGUUGCGCUGUAGGAGGAGGAAGGCAGACGCAUCAAUGACGGCGACAGCAGUCAAACCAUCACCGCUCGGCCUUUUUCACGUCCGGGGCUCCAGGCAACGAGCUGCCAGCUGUUUGUGAUCCGAGCUGAGGAUGUGGGAGCAGGUGCGCACCCGUUGCUGCGCCCGCUGCCUCUUCUCCAUCCACCUCCUCUUCCUCCUCCUCUUCAUCAGCAGCAGCAGCGGCGCUCAGCAAUCGGCGGCGUCAGCCGAAGGACACCUGCCGCCGUGCGACAAGGGAGACUACUACUACCAGUACACAGAGUGUGACAGCACAGGGUCCAGAUGGAGGGUCGCCAUCCCACUCAGCUCAGGGUCCUGCUCGGACCUUCCCUCUCCGACCAAAGGCACCGACUGCUCCUUCUCCUGUCCAGCUGGAAUGUUUCUGGAAAUGUCUUCCCAGUUGUGCACGCCGUGCGCAGCCGGAUCUUACUCUCUGGGCAGCGGCCUGAGGUUCGACCAAUGGGACGCCAUUCCUGCUGGCUUCACAAGCCUGGCCAGCUUUUUGGACCCUGGGCCAAACGUAGAGGACAUUCAGGCCUGUAACAGUUCCAGCUCAUCAUGGACGCCGCAGGGUGUGUACCUGGAGUCCAACCGCGACGAGUGCACGGUCUCCCUAGUUUACGCCGUCCAUCUGGAAAAACAGGGAUCUGUGUCUUUCACCUAUCAGUAUCCAGACAACAACAUUUUCUUUGAAUUCUACGUCCAGAACGAGCAGUGCCAGGAGAUGUCCCAGACCGACGACCAGAAGUGGAUUAAAGUCACUAGCAGUGGAGAAUGGGGCACACAUACAGUGAGCCUGAAGUCGGGCACAAACAUCCUGUACUGGAGGACGACUGGGAUAAUUGUCGGAGGAAAGAUGGUGAAACCGGUGCUGCUGAAGAACAUCCAAAUAGAGGGUGUUGCCUACACGUCACAGUGUUUUCCAUGUCGGCCCGGCUGGUUCAGCCCGACGCCCGGUUCCUCCUCCUGCCAAGCGUGCCCUAGCAACACUUACUCCAGGAAGGGAGCGUCCUCCUGUUCGCCCUGCCCUGAACACUACUACUCCCAUGAGGGAUGGGCUGAAUGUAAGGUGAGACCGCCCUGCUCGGAGAAGGAUUACUUCCAGAUUCACACAGCCUGCGACAGCGAGGGAAAGACGCAGGUGCUGUAUCGCUGGGUGGAGCCCAAAAUCUGCGUGGAGAACAUCACGGGGGCCGUCAAGCUGCCUGCGACAGGACAGAGAGAGCCCUGCCCCCCAUGCAACCCCGGCUACUACAACAGCAACGACUCCACCUGUCUGCCCUGCCCACCUGGAACACACUCUGACGGCACCUAUGUGUGCGUUGAGUGCCCUGCAGGUACAGAACCCGUGUUGGGUUACGAGUACAAAUGGUGGAACGUGCUGCCUCCCAACAUGAAGACCUCUUGUUUCAACGUGGGGAACUCCAAAUGUGACGACAUGAACGGAUGGGAGGUCGCUGGAGAUCAUGUUCGCAGCGGAGCGGGAAGUUCUGAUAACGAUUACCUCAUCCUAAGUCUGCACGUGCCUGGGUUUAAGGUGCCGGCCUCGCUCUCAGGGAUGACUGGCGGAGAGUUUGGACGCAUCACCUUUGUGUUCGAGACCAUCUGCUCUGCUGACUGUGAGCUCUACUUCAUGAUGGACGUGAACAGCAAGAGCACCACAGUGGUGGAGUCCUGGGAGGGCAGCAAGGGGAAGCAGGCGUUCUCGCACAGCAUGACCAGAAACGCCUCCGUCACGUACACCUGGGCCUUUCAGAGGACGAGCCACGCUCUGGAUGUCCGCCGUUACGUCAGCGACACGGUGAAGAUCUACUCCAUCAGUGUGACCAAUGUCCUGGAAGGGGUGGCGUCGGCGUGCCGGGCCUGCGCUCUCGUUCCGCAGAACUCCCAGCGCGCCGGCUCCUCCUGCGUUCCCUGCCCCGCUGGUUUCUUUAUCGACCGCGACACAAACAGGUGCCAGGAGUGCCCGUCCAACACCUACCUGAGCGGGCGACACACCUAUGGCCAGGACGCGUGCAUUGCCUGUGGACCUGGAAGCAUCAGCAACAAGGAGCAUUCCCGCUGCUUCAGCGACUGCUCUUUCACCCACACAGAGAACAACAGAACGCUGACCUUUGACCUCAGCCCCAUGAGUGACGUGGCUUCGCUGAUACUGGGGCCAAGUUUCACCUCUAAAGGCACAAAGUACCUUCACCUGUUCAACAUCAGCCUCUGUGGCCACCAGGGAAAAAGAGCCGCCAUCUGCACCGACAACGUCACCGACGUGUCCAGCAAAGACGACCAGGGGGACUUGUCUCAGUUCGUCAACACGGUGGACAGCUUCCUCUGCCAGUCCACCAUCAUCCCCGGAGAUGGGCGGGGCUUCAGGAUGGCCAUUUCCUCCCAGUCCAUCAGCCUCGCUGACACCUUCAUGGGGGCCACAGUGGACACCGUUCUCUAUGGAGUGAACGCCAAGCCGGACCUGUUCCCAGAGAAUCCACACGACGUUCCCGACAUCAACUUCUUCUACAGGUCAACACAGGCGACGGCCUCCUGUGAUCAGGGUCGAAGUUCUGUCAUCACGGUUCGCUGUGACCCAGAAAACUCUGACCGAGGACAAAUCUCUGUGCCCAGCUCCUGUCCAGCAGGAACGUGUGAUGGAUGCACGUUUCACUUCCUGUGGGAGAGCGCCAGCGCCUGUCCGCGCUGCACCGAGGCCGACUACCACCUGAUCGAGGGAGCCUGCAAAGGAGGCGUCCAGGAAACCUUGUACGUGUGGAACGAGCCGAAGCUGUGCACCAAAGGUGUGGCGCUGCCUCCUCGAAGCUCCGCCCCCUGCGAGGUCAUCGCUCUGUGGCUGAAGGUCGGCCUUGGAGUCGGAGCCUUCGUCGCCGUGCUGCUCGUCUCCCUCACUUUCUAUUUCUGGAAGAAAAACAAGAGGCUGGAGUACAAAUACUCUCGUCUGGUGAUGUCUGCCAACAAGGAAGGUGAGCUGCCAGCUGCAGACAGCUGUGCCCUGGCUGAAGGGGAGGAGGCCGAGGACGACGUGGUCUACACCCAGAAACCCUCCCUGCUGGGGAAACUCAGGGCCAUCGCCAACAAGCAUGAGAACGGAGAGAGCAGCGAGUCGGUGCAGCUGAACUCCUCUCAGGCCGAUCGAUGGGUUUUUGGAUAAACUGACGACAGCGAGCUUCUUUGUGGACGGUCUCUCCAAAGUCCCACGUGUCUUUUUUUUGUUGUUGUUUUUUUUGUAUAAGGACAGUCUGGACAAUGAUUUUUGUCCUAAAUCUUAAUAUUUCCCUGCAAGUUUAACUCCACGGAUGCACAAACUGCUCCAAAAGUCAAACGUCCUUUUAAUGUUUUUUGUAUGUUUUAUAUUUUAUUUGUAAUUUUCUGUUCAGGGUCGUGUAUUUAUAUUAUGAUGAAGAACCUUUAUUAAAGUCCGGUUUGACUUUAUAAAAGUGACUCUGAAGUUGUUAUCUUGCAAUUUGGCUGCCCGGUAAAAGAAGGUGAGGUUUUUACCAA